AUGACAAAAUUCCGACCCUGCAUUGAUCUUCACUCCGGCCAAGUGAAGCAAAUAGUAGGCGGCACAUUGACCACCGUGGAUAGUGAAUUAAAGACAAACUAUGUGUCGAAGCUUCCCGCAAGUCACUAUGCAAAUUUAUACAGACAACAUGACCUCCGUGGCGGCCAUGUUGUUAUGCUCGGCCCUGGGAAUACGGGUGCUGCUAAGGAGGCAUUGAAGGCGUGGCCUGGUGGGUUGCAGGUUGCUGGUGGUAUUACGGACGAGAAUGCGUUGUAUUGGAUUGAGCAGGGGGCUGAGAAGGUUAUAAUCACAUCCUUCCUCUUCCCCGAGGGUAAAUUCUCCCUCGACAGACUCAAAUCAGUUCUCUCAGCAUUAGGAAACGACACAUCGAAACUGGUCCUCGACCUCAGCUGUCGCAAAAAGGAUAACACAUGGUACGUCGCCAUGAACCGGUGGCAGACCAUCACGGAAAUGGAAAUAACACAAGAGUCAAUAUCAAUGCUAGAACCAUACUGCUCCGAAUUCCUCAUCCACGCCGCCGACGUGGAGGGUCUGCAACAGGGUGUCGACGAAGAGCUAGUCUCAAAACUUGCCGAAUGGUGUUCGAUACCUGUCACAUAUGCCGGCGGAGCGAGACAUUUGCAGGAUCUUGAGAAGGUGCAUGUGACUAGUGGGGGGAAAGUUGACCUUACUAUUGGGAGUGCAUUGGAUAUAUUUGGGGGAUCGGGUGUGACGUUUGAUGAAUGUAUAGGGUGGAAUAAGAGUCAUUAG